GAAACAACUCAACCUCAACGCCUACUCUCUCUCUCUCCUUUUCUUGUCCUAAAAUCGACUGUCCUGGUCCACACUCAAACAUAAACAUUCAGCAACUGCGACUUCCUAUGUUCCACAGAUCCCAAGACACAAUGGCACAGAGAAGGUACAGUUUUGGGCUUGUGACAUUUUUCUUCUGCAUCUCCUGUAUUGCUCUCAUUUCGCUCUCAGGAUGUGUUGAGGCUUAUCAGAACUACACUGUGGGUGGCUCUCUCGGUUGGUAUGAAAACCAAGAAAAGCCUGAGAUUGAUUACCAAAGGUGGGCUUCUGGCAAGAACUUCAGCUUGGGAGAUUUCCUCAUAUUCAACACUGACACCAACCACUCAGUUGUGCAAACAUACAAUUUCACCACAUACAAGCUCUGUGACUACGACGAUUCCUUGGAAAAGGACACUGUCCUAUGGUCGUCCGGCGAUCCGUCCAACACCGCCACUCACCCAGUCACUGUGGCCGUUCCGCUCAUGAAGGAGGGGACGAAUUAUUUCUUCUCUAGCGAUUAUGACGGUGAGCAAUGCCAGAACGGCGGCCAACACUUCAUGAUCAAUGUGACCCAUGGGCAAGGCCUGCCUGAAAGUCUGAAGAACCCAUUGGACCAGUCGCCGGGUCCGGUGAGUCCUGAUUCAGGGGAUGACUCGGCACCCGACACUGUGGUUCCGUCCAAUUUCAACAAUCCGCAAGAACAGAGCACUGAUGACAAUGAGUCAUCUGGGUCUGUUACUCUAACAGCUUUGGGUGAUAAGGUCUUCAAUGGAGUGCUCUUGAUGUUUUUGGGGACUACAUUGCAGACCCUGAUGACUUGAGUUCUUCAUACACUCUGAUCUAUCGAUCUUCUUCUUCUUUUUUUAUACAGAUUUUUAUUCAAACUGUUUACUAGAUACGCUAUACAGUAUUCUUGGACAA